AUAAUUAUUUUCAUAGCUAUCAUUCAGCAAUCAGUAAUUAAAUCAGUUGAAGCAGUAUAAUUUAAAACCAGUUUGUUAUUAAGAAGGUAGAUAAUAUUUCCAUAAAACUAAUUAAUUACAGAUGUAUUCUGGCCAGAGAACAAUAAUUUUAAUUUGCUUAUUAAAUUUCUUCUAUUCUACCUGAGCAUUUGUGGGUAUGUGAUUGUAUGUUGCAAUUAUAUGAUGUUUUUGCUUAUUUUAGGACCUGCAUAAGAAACUUCUGGAGUCUUACAGAUCUAUUUCUGGUGUAAACUUUUCAAAUCUUCCAAAUGACAACUACAUCUACUCUUACAUUGGCUACCAUUUGCAAGAAGCUCAGAUGUGGUAUGAAUUUCCAAAGCUGUACCUGGAUCUUGAGUUUAUUGGUGCUAAAUUGAAAGUUACAGGUCCACUACAUAUUUUAGUGGAUUACAGGAAAUACAGUGCAUUCAUUGUUGGAGAUGAUGAACAUCUCACAUCGGUGCUACAAGACUUUGAACAGUUUGUACAGUCACGUGGCUUAGAUUUACACAAGUACCAAAAUACAGAUAUUGUUCAGUGUGGAUUGCAGGAACAUAGAAAUAGUCACGUUUACAAGAAAGCAUUGAAGAUAGCUAAGGAAAGGCCUAAUAAACUUUAUCUGGAAUUCUUGCUUGAUGAAGAUAAUAUAUCACAACCAUACACUCUGUCAUUGAAGGAAGAAGUGUUUGCAGCUUGUUUCACAGCAAAGAACAAAAUCUUGGCUUCUAAUGGCAAUGGUACAAUAAAUCUGUGGGAUAGAGAAUUUGCUCAUAUCUCUACACUUUCCCAGGCCAUAGACAAAGAAUCCUGCGCCUGGAGUUGUCUCCAGAUGGAACACUAUUUUUGUCUUGUUCUGAAGAUGCUGCUGUAAAACUGUGGAAACUGGGUGGUGUAAUAUAAAAGAACAAGGAUCAAGAAGAAUUUGAUGAGCAUGGUUGUGCUCUGAAGACUCCAUCUUUUCGUAUAAGGCAGGACAGUUGGAGUAAUAUGUUUUGCAGUGAUACUGGUGGUGACAGAAGUUACUUAACAUUCAGUGGUCAUCAGAGUGCCAUACUGUAUGCCACAUUCUCCAGUGCUGGUGAUGAAAUGGUGUCAUGUUCUAGUGAUGGCUGUGUUAAGUUAUUCUUCUUCAUAGCAUGUCUAAAUGAUAGUAUGUUCUUUGCUAUUUUGCAUACUCAUUGAUCUUGAUGUUCUUUCUACAACAGGUGCAAAUUUAGUAUUGCAAAGUUUAUCUACCUGCAUACAUUUCCUUGUUUAUUGUUAAAUAUACAACAUGAAAAGUAUUUCAAAUAAUGUUAUGGUUUUAAUGUGUCCAGUGAUUUACAAGUUUGCCUUAUACCAGUUUUUAAACUGAUUUGUUUUUAGCUAAAUGAAAACUACUGAUAUCAAUAAAAUCACCAGAUGUUAGGAAGAUUGUGACGGUACAGUAGCACAAUAGCAAAUGAUCCAGUAAGGAGAAAAGUAUGAACCAGUGUUCUGAUUGCAUUUGUAAGUUCCAGUAAAUUGGUUUGGCUGACAGAAAUAUAUUUCUGUUAAACGUUUAAAAGUCAAGUAAUGAAUCGUGCAAGAAACUGAGCAUUCUCAUAUCUUGUGUUCCAAAUCCAGGGCGAAGUCAUGCCUUAACAGGAAUGGGUAUGUGCAGUCUGUAACAUGGUACAUGGUGAGGAAUUUAAAGGUAUGAGUUUGGGGUAGCAUCUAGUGGCAUGUAUCAACUUUCUUCAGGAUCUAUCCAGCAGUUCUCGAGUAGAAACAUGCAGACAUACAUAUCAGCCCUGAGUUGGUUACUUCCUGCCAUACUAGUCUGUAACUCUGUAUUUUGCCCAUUGAGUGUAAUGUAUUUUAUAUAAUUAUCAGAGUAAACAGAAGUUAUUUCCUUAAAUAUUACUACUUUGAAAGUGAUUUUAAAUUAUUUUUAUGUUUCUUGGCUAAGCUUUAACUUCUUCAGAUUGCAUUUUGUAUGAUAUUUGGUUAAGCUGUGGCUUGUUCCAAUUGUAUUAUAAAACCAACAAAGCUUAUUAAUUCAGAUAAUCUGUUCUUCUGAAUUUUGUGGUUCAUUGGUUGGUUGGUUCUGGUUAGGUGUGAUUAUGUUUAAUAAAUUUUUGUUAUGUGUGUUAAUUCUUUUUUCAGGUUUGGUACUGUGAGACUGGAAUUGUAAGACUGACAUUUCAAGUUCCUUCUCCAGGAAGAUUUGCAAAUAGCUGCAUAUUUUCUGAUGAUUGCUCAUUGAUAUUAUUUGGUGGUGACGAUGAGUUCGUUUAUGCUUAUGACAAUAAUACUGGUCUUUCUGUAACAAGUUUCAAAACUUGUGGUUGUAUCAUUGCUCUUUUGAGUAUUGUAGGUAAAUAUGCAGUCUUGAUAUUAAACGCUGUCAUGUUUGAAUCAUAUCUUGGUUAUGUCUUGCUUUGAGUACUGAAAGUUCAGGCAUACUUUUUUAUGUCAUAUGUGAAGAAUGUUCAUACUAUUUUGUGCCUGUAAAAAUCAAGAAAUUUGUUUUAAUAUAAUGUCUGGUAAGGC